AUGGAAGGGGAACGGCGACAGGUUUUAAACCCACAAAGGCUGAAGUCACUGGAGGAAUGGUUACAGAAAACCUCCAUCACUUUAACACAGGUCAAUGGUCAGAGGAAAUAUGGAGGUCCUCCUCCGGGCUGGCAAGGUCCUGCUCCUGGCCCCGGCUGUGAGGUCUUCAUAUGUCAGAUCCCACGAGAUGUGUUUGAGGAUCGUCUGAUCCCGCUGUUCCAGAGCAUCGGUGCUCUGUACGAAUUUAGACUCAUGAUGAACUUCAGCGGGCAGAACCGCGGCUUCGCCUAUGCCAAGUACGGCGACCCGGUCACUGCCUCCACUGCAGUGAUGACCCUCCACCAGUACCGGCUGCCGGAGGGGAUUCGACUGACCGUACGCAGGAGCACGGAGAAAAGGCAGUUGCGUCUUGGUGACCUGCCGACCAACGUGAAACAGGGAGAACUUCUGAUGGUUCUCCGCCUGCUCUCGGAGGGGGUGGAGGAUGUCAUGCUGAAGUUGGCCGGUCCUAAAGCGAGAGAGGUCGUGGCUCUAGUGAACUACUCCUCCCACUAUGCUGCAUCCAUGGCAAAAAAGGUUCUGGUGCAAGCAUUCAGGAAGCAGUACGGAAUGUCUGUUACCAUAAGAUGGACGUCCUUUACCUCAAAAUCCAAGCAUGUAGAGGAGACAAGACAAGAACAUGGUCCCCAUACCCCCCCAGGCCUGAAACCCCUUCCCAAACCCUCCCUCCCUCCUACCCACCUGCAUCCUCAGCCGUCCCACCUUGACAUCCCAGGCAACUCCCCCUUUCAGCCCUUCUCCCGGUCUGUAGGGGGUCCUGUUGCCCAGCUGAGUGAAGGUGUCAUGUCCCAAGAUCCCAUUUCCAACGUCGAGUCACAGCUGCAGUGGUUUUGCGAGCUCAACAGACUUGGCGUUCCGCAAUACGAAGCAUGUUACCAUCACACCGGUCCUGAUGGCUUUCUGUACUUCACCUACAAAGUGCUGAUUCCAGGCCUCCCUUUGCCCCUGCAGGGAUUCGUCCAGAUCCUGCCGGCCACCAGUGCCCAUGCUCUGAAGGGCGAAGUUUAUCGGGCCACCGCUGAGCAGGUCAUUAAAACCAUCUGUAAGGUCUCCGGUUUACCUUUCUAA